CAACUCUGACUAUUGUUCCUUUGAAAAAUUACGAUCGCAAGUAAUUUCCGAUGACGGACGCACAAUCUCCGCUCAUCAAGAUAUAAGAUAUAACGAACGCGUGCGUGCCAUACAAUCAGUUGAAACCGGAAUACACAAUUGGGAUGUCAUCAUCGAGUCACCUAGUACAUCAGAUUGGGUUGGCGUAUGCGGCGAAGGUGACGUUAUCAACUUUAGUUGCGGUGAUUAUAAUUCAAAAGUAUGGAUAUUAGGAUCUACUGGUCAUGUAAGUAAUAACGCUCAUCAAAGACCCUAUGGAACCCCACAAUUUGGAAGGAACACAAAAGUGACGGUGCAUUUGAACAUGUAUGAUAGAACAUUGGCAUUUUCAGUUAAUGAUGUACGAUAUCCACCGGUAUUAGAAUGGAAAAAUUUGCCAUCAAAAGUAUACCCCUUGGUUUCGAUGAGACAUAAUGGAAGAUUUAGGAUUAGUAGACAUAAUUAG